ACUCGCCCGCGCAACACUCGGCGCAUCCCGCUCCUCUCCUGUCAUGAGUCUUGUGAAAGUUGUUUAUAUCUUCCUCGUCAACCAUAAUUGGUAGUCUCCUCGCACAGUGGUUAGCAGCAGAGUGUCAAGUAACCAUUAAUUGUAACGAUGUGAAAAAGAAACUAACGUACUGUUCCUAACAAUUAAACUCCAGUUGACUUAAAAGGCGGACGAGACGUCGCAUAUUAUUAAACCAUUCUUGACACCAGCUCUCUCUCACCUCAGCCACCACAGUCCCCCCCUCACAGUGCUUGAUGAGGACACCAACAGUUGCAUGGCUCUGGCGGCGUCCCUACUUUUGUUGCUGGGGUUCACAGCUCGCUGACCUGACCUGACUCCCUCCCAGAGGUCACCCGUGGUACUCCUACAUACAACUAACGUGACCUAAUCUGAUUUGGCAUCCCCGCCCCCCCCCCCCCGCCCCCUCCCUAAUACAAUUCACAAUUGAAAUUCCUGCAGUUGCUUCUGUUCGUUAUCUGCCAGGUUGGCAUGACAAGCAACAGGUCGAGGGAGAUGCUGGGCCCGGCAGGGAGUGUGAUGGUGGUGGAGGCGGUGGCCAGAACCUAGCUGACGUCACCGCUGCUGGGGCCCGUCGGUGUUAUGUCGGGGGCGAGCAUCACGGCCCGACAGGAGGAGGCGCGGGCGGGGAGGUGUCCCGACACACUCCCCGCACCUGGCAAGGCCUCGCCACUCAGAUCCUUCACCUCACUUGUCAAACAGGUGACGAGGAACGUUACGCUGGAGCCCAUGUUGUUCCUGAAGAUGAUUGCAGAGGGCAACUAUAAGGUGGUAGCAGACACACUCGAGAUUGACCGAGUGUGUCGCAUCAACCUCAACUUCACACAGGAGGAGUGUGCCAACAUGGACGAUGGCAACCACACUGACGUCCAGAUUGCUGUGCAGAAAUUUGAGAACACCUUCAAUUACAACCAGAGUUUAAUGGACAGCCUGAUCCCGCUAGCUGUGGUGUUGUUCAUGGGCUCCCUCAGUGACAUCCAUGGUCGUAAGCCACCCAUGCUAGCUGUAUUGGCAGGGUUUGUAGCUGUAGCUGCCGUCUACCUCUUAACCUCAUUAAAUUCUGCCUGGCCAGUCGAGGUGUUAUAUGCUGGCCCCUUGGCAGUAGACAUCACCGGCUCGUGGGUCGUGUUUAACAUGGCAGUGUACAGCUACGUGGCAGAUAUCACAACCCCUGAGACACGCACAAAGAGACUGGGAGUGUUGGAUGCCUGUUGGUAUCUAGGUGGGCCCUUGGGCCGUCUGAUGGGAGGCUGGCUGUACCAAGUUGCAGGCUACCCUGUAGUCUUCUUUGUGUCGGGUAUUUUAUGGGCCUUCUGCUUCAUGUAUGUGCUGCUGUUUGUGGCCGAGAGUGUUGACAAAUCUGCCAGAAGAAGCAACACACAGGAGAUGCAGGACGCUCGUCUGGGACCUCUACGGCAUGUGGCAGCUCUGCUGAGGACAGCCUUCAAGCCCAGACCUGGACGUAACCGUAUCUACCUUCUGAUACUGUUGAUUCUCAAACUCAUGGUGUUUCUGGUGCAGGGCCAUCAGAUGUACCUGUGGGCCAGGCGUGUGCUAGGUUGGGGACCAGCCAUAUUUUCUACCUGGAGCAGCUUGGACUCUGUGGUGCACGAAGUGGGGAUGGUUGCCUAUGUAUGGUUGGCAGCAAGGUUCGGGCUGCACGACACCAUAGUAGCUGCAGGUGGGCUGCUUUCCCUUGGGCUGUGGUCGGCGGUCCUGGCAUGCAUCAUGGGCCCUGGGACGUGGUGGCUGGUGGUGGUGGCUUCGCUGGUGGGCAUGUUUGAACCUGCCAUAGAACCGGCCAUUAGGACCAUGCUCACCACAGUGGUAGGAGUGAGUGAAGCGGGCAGAGUUCUAGCACUUACGGGCCUCCUGGAGUCUGCCUGGUUCACAGUUGACCAGACCAUCUACACUGCGCUCUAUAACGCCUAUGUCGAGACAUUCCCUCAGAUCAACUUUGUGGUACAAGCCAGUUUGUGUUUGGUGUUGAUGGUGGCGUUUGCGUUGCUGCGUCUUGACAUGCGUCGCCAGCCUGCAGCCACCCACGGCCCUCCCCUCUCUGCCCACACCACCCAGGACACCAUCUACAGCGUGCAGGAGUCUCAGGUGAACAAGGACAAGGACCAAGAAACCCCUGAGGACACAGUCCAUGCUCAUGUAAUGUAGCUGGAGUGUCCAUGGUACGUACAGGGAGGGUCUGGCCACCACUGCUCACGCCUCAGUCUCACUCUUCACACCCUCAACCUCUAUAUAUAUAUUUUUUAUAUCAAAAUUUGUAUAAAAAAAUAAAUACGCAAAAAAUGUAUGACUGAUCAACCCCCUCCCAACCCCUGUACCCAAAUGGAUCCAUGAGUGUCGUCGGGGGUUGAUCAGUCGAGGAGCUUAGUUAAUAGGCACCAUUACUGACCAAUCCUUAUAGACGAUCAUUGGUGCGGUGGUCACGGUACUGUGUACGUUCAGGGGUGAUCCUGGACGGCAGGGGUUCGAGUCCUGGCCGGGUCAAUUAGAGUUCUUAGUGAUCUGUUGCUUGUGUGUUCCUGCAGCUUUCUCACUAUAGAAAGCCGCACUCACACACACAUAUUAUAUAUAAUAUAUAUAUAUAAGUGUGUGUGUGUGUACAAGUUGUCUGACAAGCCGAAUUUUCCAGAAAUAUUAUCUUGUUAAAAGUUUAUAUUUCUCAUGGCAUAAUUAAGCUCUUUCGAUUACAUUAUAUAUGGUUUGAUUUGUUUAAAUUUGAGUAAAAACUAAAAGAAAUUUGAUCAAAUCUAAUUAUUACCUACCUAACAUUCAGUACAGUAAUUCACGUUCUUAAUAUUAUAUAAUAAUAUUAAUUGGAAUAAACCAAUUUGGAAAGGAUCGUUUGAAAAUAUUGAAAAUCAGUCUCGCUUGUUAGGCAAUUCGGGUCUUGCAUACUAGGCAGAAUAAUACAGUUCCAGCUGUUAGGUAUGAUAUCUAGAGUAUAUAUAAACACGUUUGUGUGAAGUAUUUGUUUCCAUAAGUAUUAAGUGUAAAUACAUCAGAAAGGUCAUGAUCUCUAUGUAACAGUUCUGCGUGAUGACCAUUUAAAGACAAUAUAUAUAUUUUAGCAUAUAUACAGUUUCUUAUGCAAUUAUAUUACUGCAUUUAUACAUUAUACUAUAGUAGUGUGUUAUAUUUGUUUCCUGUGUGACAUACAUAAUCAAGGUACAGGAGCAUGAUCAAGACCUAUAUGUUGACAAAUGUACACCCGAAAAAUACAGGGUCUAUUAUUAAUAAUUUUGUGAAAGUGUUAUGUGUAUAAUGUAUGGUAUAGAUAUUACAAAAGGUUAUUUCUAUUGUACUGCAACAAUUUGAAAAUUUUCUGUAUUAAUGUUUACAUUUUGUAAUGUUAUGUAUAUGUAUAUUUUGAAUACCAAUAAAUCAAAAAGUUAAUCAUUAAAA